AAGAAGACGAAGAAGAAGAAGAAAGUAGUCAAGCCUCGUGAAGCGGGAAUUGACAGCUUGCUACCAUGGACUGGGGGCAGAGUGAGCUGCCGUCUCCGGUCGUCCGAGAUGAUGAGGUGACGGUCGCUGCCCGCAGGAGGAGGAAGAAGGUGGCCUUCCCGUCCCCCGGCAGCGGCAGCCCCGUCAUGUCCACAGUGACACCAGCCCGCUCCCUGCUCAGGAACACUCCUGCUUCACUGUACAGACAGGCUGUAACUCCCAGGGUUCCAGAUGUGUCUGCCAUUUUGGCUCCGGGAGGACGAACGCCUCGAUACACGCACACACCCAGGACGGCACUCAGCAGUAUGAAUCUGGACGACAGUGAUUGGACCAACAGCAUGUACACCUCCCCCGUCUCUGGACUGGAGAACACCAGCUUCUUCACGGAUGACAUCGCCAACCUGAGCUCGGCGCUGCUGAAGGAGGACGAUCCAGGCGAGGCCGCGGCUGCCAGUCUUUUCCCAGAGUUCCUCAGUUCCUUUCUGAAACACUCUUCGUCUGCCGUCUUCGAGCUGCUUGAGGAUUACCAGAAUCUUUGCCAGGACAAGGUGGACGUGCUUCAGUCUGUGGUCCUCAGAGCGGGGCAGAACAGUAAAACAGCAGGAGUCCGCUGGCUGCUGCAGCAGGAGAACUGCUCCUGGAGACUCAUCACCUCCUUGUACAGGGAUCGAGUGCAGUUGGCGAUGGAGGAUGAUAUGAUGACAGACAUGGUGGUUCCAAGUGAGAGUGAGAAGGUCGUGGUGGAGCAGCUUUUUCAGCGGGACUCCGUCAUAAGACAGAGUCAGCUGGUCGUCGAUUGGCUGGAGAGCAUCGCCAAAGAUCAGAUUGGAGAUUUUUCAGAUAACAUCGAAUACUACGCCAAAAACGUCUGCUGGGAGAACACCCUCCACGCGCUGAAGCUGAGGAGGAAGAGCGGGUCUGCCUUCACUGUUCCUCUGGUCACUGAGCUGGACCCAGACGCUCCUCUCCGGCAGCAGCGCCCCCUGGCUGACCUGGACAGAGAGGACGACGCUCGACUGCUGAAAAACCUGUUCUCACUCAUCAGAGCCGGGAUGACCGAGGAGGCUCAGAGGCUGUGUAAGCGCUGUGGUCAGGCUUGGAGAGCAGCAACUCUGGAAGGGUGGAAACUCUACCACGAUCCAAACAUGAACUCGGGCAGCCUCGAGCUGCAGCCUGUGGAGGGAAACCCUCAAAGAGGAAUCUGGAAAGCCUGCUGCUGGAGAAUGGCUGAAGAGGAGCAGUUAAACAGAUAUGAGAGAGCGAUCUAUGCCAGCCUGAGUGGAAACCUCAAACCGCUUCUAGCCGUGUGUGAAUCAUGGGAGGACUGCGUGUGGGCGCACUUCAGAGUGAUGGUGGACUCACUGGUGGAAAAAGAUCUGAUGUCGUCGGGUAUGGCCCACCAGGAAGUGGAGACGCUGCCCCAAGUAUACCUGGAGGCCAACUGGACCAUGGAAAAGGUGUUUGAGGAACUCCAAGCCUCAGAGUUAAAGAGGGUGUUGGAGGAGACAAAAGAGCAUUACCACGUCAUCCAGAAGUUUGUCAUCCUUGGAGACCUGGACAGUCUAACGGAAGAGUUUGCUGAUUGGCUGACGGCCUCUAAGCCCCUCCCUUCACACCUGCUGCGUUUCAUGACUCACCUCUUGCUGUUUUUCCGCUCUCUGGGUUUGGCGCUGAAGGAGGAGGUGUGUGUGGAUGUGCUGAAGGCGUACGUCUCCCUUCUGAUUCGGGAUCAGCAGACCGAACUUGUGGCGAGCUACGUUAGCCAGCUACCUUCCGAGCUUGCCACCGCUCAGUACGCUGCCUUCCUGGAGACGGUGAACCAGCCCGAGCUCCGCCCCCGCUGCCUGCAGCUCGCUACCGAUGCAGGUCUGGAUGUUGCUGCGAUUACCAAGCUGGUGGUGGAGACGGUGAGGGAGAGAGAUGAAACUGAGUUUACUCAUCACAGCCAGACUCUGGAGACGGCAACCACAAAGGAGGACCUAAGGAAGAUCGACGUUAUCGAUUGGCUGCUCUUUGACCCCGCCCAUCGAGCCGAGGCCCUGAAACAGUCCAACGCCAUCAUGAGGAAGUUUCUUGCUUUGCAGAAACACGACGCAUCCAAGGCGGUGUUCUCUAAAGUUCCAGAGGAUUCAAUGAAGGAGAUUUACUGCCAGUGGUCAGGUGUUGGUCAGCCCACGCCCCCACAUGCGGAGGACGAGAACGCCAUCCGAGAACACCUGUGUAUCAGAGCCUACCUGGAAGCUCAUGAGGCGUUCACUGACUGGUUCAGCCACAGCAGCUCUGCACCCCAGAAACCAGCGCCAGCCCCUGAGGCCAAAUUCACAGAGAGAGUAGCCAACGAGAUGAGAGAGAAGGAGUACCAGGCCUCACUCUCUGCAUGGUCGUGUCGUCGCGACGUUCUGACUGAAGACGUGAAAGAGAGGAUCUACAACGUGCUGCUGUUUGUAGACGGGGGAUGGAUGAUCGACAACAGACAGGACUCAGAGCCGGAUUCAGAGCGCAGCCACCAGAUGGCGUCAUUACGAUCUCUGUGUCUGCCUCGCCUCAGUUUUUUGCUGCUCAGCGUGCUGCAGAACUCCUCCAGACACCAGGAGGCGCUGCGGCUCGCUGACAUCAUCUCAUCCGACCAGCACCGACUCUAUCAGGUUUUCUCUAAAGAGGAGCUGAGGAGGUUUCUGCAGAAGUUAAGGGAGUCGUCGCUCGCUCUGUUGGACCGAGGUCUUGACCCUCUGGGCUACGAGUUACAGCCCUGAACACACACACACACACACACACACGCACAGAGCAGUGUUUGAAUCUUUGUGCUCUUUUCCUUUUCUUAUUGUGUCUUUAAUGCAAAAUAAAAGUUAGUUUUUCCUGUA